AUGUCUUUUUCUUACUACACAGUUAAAAUAUUCAGAAUUUCAAAAAAUGAAUAUCUUUUCGAUAGUUUCAAGCGUAAUUCUCUGUCUGACUCAUCAGAGGUGCACAGCGAUAUUGGAAUAUCAAGUUCUGCUGGCAGACAGCCAAUUUGGUUAAGAUUUACGAAAGAGCACAACCCGAUCAACAAUGCAUGGAGUUGUUUUCAAUCUUAUCGUGCUACUGUUGGACUGCUUGCAUUCGCAUGGUGUGCUAGUCGUCGUGAAAUUGAAGCAGGAAUUAGAGACUAUGCCAAACACAAAAAAAUUAUGUCGGAUACACUCUUGGAGAGUCAUCUUUUCCUAUUGAUCAAACCACUGAUUGACGAAAGUGAUUCAUUAUCAGUUGAAGAAGCAAAUUCUUUUGUGGCGGAAAAAAUAAAAGAAGACUCUCUAUUACUGGGCGAAGUUACCUGUCAUCCAUCAAACCAUCUGUUUGAAGAGGAAAAUAUUCUAAAGGAUUCCGGUGUUUAUACUGCCACAGAUGAAUAUUCUGUUGGUGAAAAAUCACCCAAUCCAAUUAGACCACCAUUCAUUAAUCAUCGAAUCAGUUCAGUGCUUCAGGAAUUAGUUACAACUAUUUAUUGGAGUCUAAAGAAAAUGAUCACAGCCCGAUGUUCAAGUGACAUAAAAUUUAAGAAAACGGAAUCCCAAUCAUCUAAAGAACAAGGUGACUCUAAUGAUGAUGUUUUGAUGGCUCCGGAAGAGAACGAAACCAAAUGGAAUAUUGUUGAUGAGGCUAAAAAAAGAGUAUUGGGUCGUACAAAUGCAUUAUCAGCCUUGACAGCUUUCACAGAACGAUCAGGGGCAAUUAGCUCAGUUAGUGCUCAAGCUGAUGUAAGUUUUGAGUGGUUCGGGUUGUACACUGAAUCACAAUGUGAACUAAUGACAGAUAGUUUCGAUUGUAUGAGAGUUGCAGUUAAUUGGGGCCCAAUGUUGUAG